AAGAAUGCUGUUCCAGUAGUUCCAGUUACUGCAAGUACUCCAGUUACAGAUGGUAUGUUGCUCGUGCUGUAUCUGUUUGAAGUACGAUGACAAUAAGGAUCCUAGCCUCUGGCUGUUCUGCGAUUCAGACCAACCCUCGCUUGAAGAGUCAUGUGGUUUGUCAUGCCACUUGGAAUGCGGAUUCAAGGAUGAACGAUCCGGCAUUCUGCAGAGGGGACAGUCAAAGAAACUUGAUGGUGGUUAUUACUGUAUCCACUGUGGGAAACAAAAUGAUUUACUCAGGUGCUGGAAGAAACAAAUGUUGAUAGCAAAAGAUGCUCGGCGGUUGGAUGUGUUGUGCCACCGGAUACUUAGUCAUAAGAUCCUCAUAUCCACUGAAAAGUACAUGGUCCUCCAUGAGUUUGUGGAUAAAGCAAUGAAGAAGCUGGAGGGCGAGUUUGGUCCAAUCACUGGCCUUCCAGAUAUGGGUCGGCGACUUGUUGGUCGUCUCGCUGUAGCUGUUGAAGUUCAGAAGCUUUGUAGCUGUGCGAUAGAGACUCUUGAAUCUAUGUUUUCUGGUGCCUUAACUGCUGACUUGCAAAUUCAGAGAUCUUCUAUGGUGCCAUCAAACUUCAUAAAGCUUGAGGAUAUUUCCCACGGAUCUAUCACUGUAGUUUUUGACCUCGACAUAUGCCCUACGCUCCCUCAAGGUUUAAUUGGCUUUAACUUGUGGCGCCGAAAGGCUAGUAUAGAAGAUUAUCCCUCAAAACCAACAGGCAUAAUACUGAUGCCAUCGACAAGUUUGGUGGUCAGAGGACUUGCUCCAUUUACAUGCUAUGUCAUCAAGGUUAUUGCAUUCACCAACUCAAAGGAGGUUGGAUCGUGGGAAGUCAGGACAAAGACAAUUUGCUUUCCCAAUAAAGUGGAUGCAAAAAUUUCAAUGGCAGUGGAUGCUGGAACAGACCCAAAUAACAGAAGCUUAAAGGCAGAUAGUAGUAGUGAUGUGUCCAAUCCUUCUUCAGGAGAUGUGAAAUCUGACAAUGAUUGUACCGCUUAUGCUGAUCCCAACAGGUCGCUGAAAAGUCAUGUUGAAUAUUGUACAAAUAUUGAUAUCCUUUACCCUGAAAAGUCAUCUCUUCACUGCAAUGAAACCACCAGUAACUCGAGAGAUCUAAUAGGUGUUGCUGGGGUAACUAAAGUUGGUGAACUGGAGGAAGCUCCUAAGGUAUCAGCAUCAGGUUUAGACGACAACGAAGAAGAACCUGGAUCAGCUGCUCAAGCAGCUUUACUGAAGAGGUCCUCAGAGUUAAUGGUUCAUAGUCAUGGAACUUUGAAGCAAAACCAGGCAACAAUUGGCUCACAAUUUGCAUCAUAUGCACACACUGUACAGAAGCCAGUUUCUCAACCUGAAUCCUCCGGCUUAUUGCUAACCAUCAUACAGAAAGGUGCUGAAAACUGCAAGGGGGUUUCUGGGAGGAUAUUUGAAGCAAAAUCCAGUCAAGGAACUUUGAGGGAUAAAACCGACAACGUGAGUUUACCAUGCAAGAGAACCCCUGGAAGAAUUGAGGAAGGUGGACACAAUGAAGGACCUUCAGAACCAAACACAUCUGCUCAAGUAUCUUCUCUUAGGAAGUCGUCAAACCUGGUGCCUCACAAGCAGGGGAUUUUAUUGGAGAAUCCGUCAUGUUCAUUGGUUCCGAUAGCAGCAGGCAGUGAGAUCAUCAGAAGAAGCUCUAAAUCAAACAACGAUGACUGUGUUCCUCAACGUGGCCCUUUGAAACCUGGAACAGAACUAAGGAAUUCAUCAAACAAGAACACCACAGGAAAACCCGUGGACAUUGACCACAAGGACGAGCUUACGUCCUGUGUCAAGGUGAUCAGGUGGCUGGAAUGCAAAGGUUACAUCGAGGCCAACUUCAGGUUGAAGUUCUUGACAUGGUUCAGCUUAGGAGCGACUCAGCAUGAAAGGAGGUUAGUUAGUGUGUUUGUGGAUGCUCUCAUCGAUGAUCCUGUAAGCCUUGCCGGGCAGCUACAUGACACCUUCUCAGAUGCAAUCUACAGCAAAAGGCCAUGUGUGGCGCCAUCGAGUCACUAGUUUUAAUCAUCCUAUUGUUAGAGGAUUUAUCUUAGUCCCAUACUUUAGUAGCUGACCCUUGCAUCCUUUCUCACUGGUACCUUGUUCACUGUAAUAGUUUGAUAACUUCCCCCCUUUGCAUUUAAAGUAAAAAAAUUGUAAUCAGAAUGGAGUGUCAGCGUGUAGCAGGUAUUUUGAAAUCCAGAUGUGCCUGUAAGGUGUAAAACUAGAGAUCUUGAACCUGAUUUCUGCCAGUGUUUGCUGGUUGUCACAUAGAAGUUUGAUGAUCCUUAAGUUGGGUGCUGACGAUAAGUAUCAGUUUUAGCUUCUCUGGGGCUUCUCAUUCUAAACUUUUGUGCUCCAUAUAGAGCUAACCAGCAUCAGGCAGUCAGAUUACAUCGAGAUUAAGAUAGCCGUCCAUAUUGUGUUUGCAAUCCAUGUUAUCAGAAACUUGAUUUGUCCCUAUCUCUGGAAUCGCUGUAGUAGAAUAUAGCAAUAGUAUGCAGAGAUUGUAUAGUAUGGUUUUGGCUCGAACCCAAUUAUUAUCAAACAAAGAGGAAGUCUUUUGAAAAAGAAAAUCUGGAAUGAAGAGUGGCCUCUUAAUAAGAAAAUGGAGAAUCGCCGGGCCCAUAUAUAAGAAUAACUGGCUAGGAUAACAACGAUAAAAGAUGAAACAUUUAGUUAUAUUUUGAUGUAUCUGAUGCAAAAUCAGUAUAUGAAUACACAAAUAUGUUUAUUUGUACUCACAAAACUGAUACUAAUCUGGAAAUGUACACUACUACUAGGAAUGAUAAAAGUCCCAUUAUCCUUUCUAACAUUUCAACAAUAUAUUAUAUUCAAUGUUCUUUAUCAUAUCAAA